CUCCAACGCGUGUACGUAAGCCUCCGAUCAGUAACAAUUCCAUCGCAUUCAGGGCAAAGCAGUCAAUCCCGACCAGCAUUGUUGGUAGUGGCCGGGUCGUUAGACUUUCAGGAGGCAUGAUUUUCUAAACCAUCCCAACCCCUCCCCAAUCCACCAAAAGAUGGCCUCCUUGCGCCCCGGCCCGACCGAGGCCAUCUCCGUCUCCAGUGGAUCUUCGUCCACACCUCAGUAUACGCCUGUCUCCGAUCGCUCCGAGAAUGAUGGCUCCCCCAAUCCAAACCGUCCGGCAGCGGGGUCUCUGAGAGUUCAGACGGCCUUCAGCUCCGAUGGGGAGUCGUUUACUGACGACGGGUUCGAUGAAGGAUAUGAUUCCUACGAAGAUGUGCAGCCCCUUUCGAGUAGUAGAAUUAGCAUGCCAAAGUACACGAAAGAGGAAGAGGAUGGAGUCAUCAAGCAAUUCGAUCGCAAAUUGGUCCCUUUUCUAGCUCUUCUCUAUUUACUAUCAUUUCUGGAUCGUUCAAACAUUGGAAAUGCCAAAAUCGCCGGUCUCGCAGAUGACCUGCAUCUCUCAUCGUCGCAAUAUGAAUGGCUUCUCACGGCCUUCUACAUCACCUACAUUCUCUUCGAAUGGAUGACCCUCAUGUACAAACUCGUCCCACCGCACAUCUACAUCGCUCUCUGCGUCUGCGGCUGGGGCCUUGUCGCAUCUCUCCAGUCGCUCGCUACUUCAUUCGGGGCUCUCGUAUUCCUGCGAGCAGCCCUCGGCAUCACCGAAGCAGCAUUCGGCCCCGGCGUGCCCUUCUACCUCUCCCUCUUCUACAAGCGCGAAGAGCUCGCCUUCCGAAACGGCCUCUUCAUCUCCGCUGCUCCCCUCGCCUCAUCCUUCGCCAGCAGCCUCGCCUGGGUCAUCGUCCGCGUGAGCGACAACGGCCCAAUUGCACCCUGGCGCACCCUCUUCCUAGUCGAAGGGUUCCCCAGCAUCGUCGUCGCCGUCUUCGCCUGGAUGCUCAUCCCCGAUACACCAGGCAGCGCCUCAUUCCUAAACCCCCGACAGCGCGCCAUUGCACAGCUGCGCAUGGAUGACGAGCUCAACCCCAAUCACAAACCACACCAGCAGCAAUCGCAGCAGCGCAAAUCCUUCAACUGGAAAGAAGUCAAGAAGACACUCACCGAUUCCAAAUCCUAUAUCACAGCCUUCAUGUUCUUCGCCUGCAAUGUCGCCUUCAGCUCCAUGCCCGUCUUCCUCCCCACCAUCAUCCAAGACAUGGGCUACACAUCCCUAACAUCCCAAGCCCUCUCAGCCCCACCCUACCUCCUCUCCUUCCUAACCGUCCUCCUAACAUCCCACCUCUCGGACCGCACCCGCACGCGCAGCCCAUACCUAAUCUUCCACGCGCUGCUCUCCGCAACCGCCUACCUGGCAAUCGCCCUAGCGGGAUACUUCCACUCGCACCUCCCGCCCGCCAUCCACGUCGCCAUCCGCUAUCUGGCCGUCUACCCCGCCACCUCGGGGUUCUUCUCCGCCAUCACGCUCAUCAUCACCUGGACCAUGGAUAACCGGCCCGCGAACGAGGGGAAGGGGGCGAGCGUCGCCCUGCUGAAUGUUAUUGGGCAGUGCGGGCCGUUGCUCGAUACCAAAGUCAUGGUUAGACCAUGA